CAAAAGUACAGCAGAGAGCUUUAUUGCGGACGCCGAGGCGCGCACAGCCGCUGCCGAGACUGCUGCGUCCGAAGCUGCGGCCAAUUUUUCAGCGGCCCAGAAGCAGGUCCAAGAAUUGGAUGCAACUGUUCUACGCUUGCAAGAGGAGCUUACUCAACAGGCACAAUUACAUGAACAAAAACUCGCAGAGAUGACGAAAAGUCUUCUUGAGAGCAAGAAACAGGACCAAAGCGACGCUGAGGAAACUUCUUACAAGAUGCGAGCCUUAGAGGCUGAGAUCAAAACGCUCCAACAAGACCUGGAAGAUGCUGAGCAAAGUAAAGCCGAUGGCCAAGUUUGGCUGCAAGAACAGCUAGAAAACGCCAAGCGCGAAUGUGCGGAAGCGGAGGAAAGAGCACAAACAGGGUCUGAAGCUUUGCUAGCCUUAGAGACUGCCAAACAACAGCACUCAGAGGAGAUGGAGAAACUACGCACUGAGGUUACAAAAAUGGAACAAGAUCUAACAGCACUACGAAAUGAACGACCACAAGGUGGAGAAGGACGAGAAGAACAGGUUGUAAAUGCGAUGAAUGCCAUUGAUAGUACAGUAGUUGUUGGUGCUGAUGCAUCUUCAAGUUUUCUUCCUGUUUCUCCUGCGGGUCAAAAGCAAGAGUCAAAAAUCGCGUCUGAGGAAGGCAUGUGGAGUGACGAAGACGGUUGGGGGGAUGAUGCAUUCGACGAUUUAGAUGUUGGAGCUGGACUUCCUGCGGUCGUAGAUGAGAAAAAAGAAUCAUCAGGAGCAUUUUUAGCUCCAACUACAUCUACAACUGUCGUUUCUGCUGACCACAGUCAAGCGAAGAUGUCUGAGCUCGAACUACAGGUAGCUGGGCUCGCACAGGAAAAGGGUAUUUUGCAGAACACUGUCCAAGAGGUGCAGAGCAAGCUUGCCGAAGUGAGGCAACAAUUAGCGGAGAGCGAGGAGCGGACUCAACAAGCAGAGGCGCGCGUUCAGGACGCUUUAUCUCUGAUUCAACAGCGCGACGAAGAUUUGGCUCUCUCUGAUGUAGAAAAAACCAGAUUGUUGGAAGAAAACACCAAAGCCAUGGCCGAAUUGGAGGUCGCCAAAAAGCAACUCGAAGAAGCGACGGCAGCUGCUCAAGUAGUUGCGGUAAAACCCCAAGAACCUCCUCCUGCAGCUCCUGUUAUGCCAACAACGACCUCAGCAUCAGCAUCUUCGAAAUCUUCUAUCUCCGAAAGUGGACGUGGAGAAGCCGCGCCAGUCGUGGUAUCUUCAAACGACGGGAUCGAUGAUGAUUCUUGGUUAAACGUGCUUGAGGAUGACGAUUUCGUACCUGAAACUACAUCAUCUGGUGGAGCAAGAACUACUCCAGGAGGCGUCGCAGAGGACCUUGUAUCAGCCAAGCGGGACUUGGAGACUGCAACCACUCCAGGCGUCGCAGCUGUUGUGCAAGACAUGGGCUAUGAAGAUGAAGCAGGUGCUACAUCAACUUCUGGUUCUGCUGACGUGCAAGGACAUGUGACUGCUGUUCAAGAGGAGCUUGUUUCAGCCAAGCGGGACUUGGAGACUGAGAAGGCAUCUGUUGCCGCAUUGCGCUUGGAAUUGGAGUCGACUUCGCAGACACUGAAGAAUUUGGAACGUACCCAUGAGGAGGAGUGUGCGGAGCUGAAGAACUUGCUGGCAGCCGGGCAAACCGAAGUAGAGGGAUAUCAAGACCGGCUAGAAGCUUUGGAGAAGGAGGUUUCGGACUUGGAACAGCGUAAUGCGUGUUUGCUACAGCAGGCUAGUCGUGUUGAGCGAGAUGAAAGCGCUAGUUUGCAAGCUGCAAG